AUGGCAGGCCUACAGCACGCAGAGAAUGCCCAAAGGUUCGACGUUAUCGUUGUCGGGGGUGGCAACGCUGCAUUGUGUGCCGCCCUCUCGGCUCACGAUCAGGGCGCUCGUGUCCUCAUCCUCGAAGCCGCAUCGCGCGAAGACCGGGGGGGAAACAGCCGCUUCGCCGGAUCCGUUUUUCGUGCGGUGCACAACGGCCUCGACCAAGUCGUAGAAAAUCUUCUCUGCGACGAGGCGAAACCGGAAGCGAAAUACUGCUAUAUGCAUCCUUACACACCAGAAAUGUACCACGAGGAUCUAGCCGCAACGUCGCAUGGGCGGAAUGACCCGGCUAUCUCAGAAGUCUUGGUCCAGAACAGCUGGGACACACUUGUGUGGAUGAAGAGCAAAGGCGUCAAGUGGGAGCUGAUUCUCCGGCAGUUCUAUGACUUUGAGAGUAUCAAGAGAAAGAAGGAAGGGACCGUGGCUAUUGACGCCGGUGGCCCUGUUCAGGCUGUCAAUAACGGUGUCGGACUGAUGGACUUUCUCUGGACGGCAGCCGAGAAGCUCGUUUCCGAUGGCAGCAUGACUCUCUGGUACGACAGUCCCGCACACGAGCUUUUGGUUUCAGGAGACACGAUCCGGGGUGUCCAGGUGCGUCACCGCGAUACCUUCACCAAUGUAUACGGGCAGGUCAUUCUUGCGAGUGGCGGAUUCUCCGCCAACCCUGCAAUGCGACGUCAAUACCUUGGGGAAGGAUGGGAUCUAGUCCUAGUUCGUGGCACCAAAUACAACACGGGGACUAUGCUUCGACGCGCAAUAGAGGCGGGUGCUAGACCGGUUGGGCAUUGGGGAGCUUGCCACUCCUCGCCACAGGAUGCAGACGGGCCGUUAAUGGGCGAUAUCAAUAUUUCCCCCUUGAUCGCGAGGUAUAGCUAUAUGUACGGCAUUAGCGUGAACACCCGUGGGGAACGGUUUAUGGAUGAAGGCGAGGACCACGUCAGCAAGACAUACGCGAAGACCGGCAAGAAGAUUAGCGAACAACCCGAGGGCCGUGUAUACCAGAUCUUUGACCAGCAGACUCUACACAUCCUGCCAAAACACCGCUACAAUACGGCCAGACCAGUCAUCGCGGACACGAUACCCCAGCUAGCCGUCAAGCUCGGUAUUGACGCUGCCACAUUACAAAAGACUGUCGAUGACUUCAACGCCGCGUGCCCGGUGGACAGCAGCUGUUUUGAGCCGAUGGAGAAUGACGGACUCUGCACUAAGGGUCUCGCGAUUCCCAAAUCGAACUGGGCAUUGAGGAUUGAGAAAGGUCCUUUUAAGGCGUAUGCCACAAUGCCCGGGAUCACCUUCACCUAUGGUGGGAUUGCCACAGAUGCAUCUACGCAGGUGUUGAAUAACGAAGGUAAGGUUAUGCCAGGUUUGUUCGCUGUGGGGGAGAUCACCGGUGGAUUAUUCUACCACAAUUAUCCAGGAGGGGCGGGCUUACCAAAGGGUGCUGUCUUUGGGCGGAUUGCCGGCCGAGAAGCGGCGAACGCGGCGGCGAGGACACUGCCAACGGCUGGUCGUCUUUGA